UGGUCCUGGGCUCUAUUUCACAUUCGUCGGGAGGUUCCUCAGCACUCUUGAGACCCAAAGCUCAAGAGCUACAUGCGCUGACUUCCUCCCCCAUCCCUCACAUCCCCACACAUCCACAGCUGUCGGGAUGGUCAUGGCCCUGAAGGGGGUCCCCCAGGCAGCGUCUCUGGUACGGGCUAAAAUGGUCCUGCAAGACAGGAGGUCCAGCAUCUACAGCAAGCCACCCAAGACCAAGAUCGGACCUGGGCAAAGCUUCUUUAUCAUGUCCGUCUUUGCUGUCGGCAUGCUUGCUCCGGCCGGCUGGAUCAUGCACCACAUCCCAGAGUACCGCCAAAGACCACGUCCUUCAUCAAGACCGUCGUAAAGAAGAAGACCCCAACAUCUUCACACACACACACACACGCACGCUACAAACCACGGCUGUAUUCAACAUAUUAGCCACCAUGCUAUCAAAUACUGUACCUUGCUAAUGUAUAACAACACACAUUAUCUACAGUAUAAAUGAUACUCAAUGGCCACAAUAAUAACGGGAAAAUAACAUGCACUUUGAAGGGACCAUGGAAGACAUUUCUGCAUGACUGUCAUGAGUAUGUUUUUGUAUGAUGUCUUUUUUUUAUUUUAAAUAUUCUGAGUAUUGCAGUAGCAUGGUGUCUAAUGUCUCAUGAAUAUGGCCCCUAAUGUCACUGCUGCAUCCAGUUGCAAUGACACGUCUGUAAAACUGCCAACUCACUGCCAUCAUCAAUAAAUACAUGCUGUGUUGGCAA